UUGCCCAGUGGUUGAAAAGUGCCCUCGACUCGUGAUGGUUCUCCUGUCACUUUGGUUGAUAGCAGCCGCUCUGGUAGAGGUUAGGACUUCAGCUGAUGGACAAGCUGGUAAUGAAGAAAUGGUGCAAAUAGAUUUACCAAUAAAGGGACAGAGUGAGUAUGAGCUGGUGACUCCAGUCAGCACAAAUUUUGAAGGACACUAUCUCUCCCAUAUUCUUUCUGCAAAUCACAAAAAGAGGUCACCGAGGGACGUGUCUUCCAACUCUGAGCAAUUGUUCUUUAACAUCACAGCAUUUGGAAGAGAUUUUCAUCUGCGACUAAGGCCCAACACUCAGCUAGUAGCUCCUGGGGCUGUUGUGGAAUGGCACGAGACAUCUCUAGUGCCUGAGAAUACAACUGACCCCAUUAAUGAUCAUCAAGCAGGAAGUGCUUCAGAAAGAAUCUGGAAAACAGAGCCUUUGCAGACUAACUGUGCUUAUGUUGGUGACAUCAUGGACAUUCCAGGAACCUCUGUUGCCAUUAGCAACUGUGAUGGUCUGGCUGGAAUGAUAAAAAGUGAUAAUGAUGAGUAUUUCAUUGAACCUUUGGAAAGAGGUAAGCAGAUGGAGGAAAAAAAUGGAAGGAUUCAUGUUGUCUACAAGAGAUCAGCCAUAGAACGGGCUCCCAUAAACAUGUCCCACGACUGCCAAUACAGAGAGUCGAAUCUGGGAGGCCUUGACGAUGUAGGUACUAUUUCCAGCAGCAUUGACCAGCAGCUGAGGGAAGCAGCGAGGCACCGCCGACACACGGGAGAGAAUGACUACAACAUUGAGGUGCUGCUGGGGGUGGAUGACUCCGUGGUCCGCUUCCAUGGCAAAGAGCACGUCCAGAACUACCUCCUCACCCUCAUGAACAUUGUGAAUGAAAUUUACCAUGAUGAGUCCCUUGGAGUGCAUAUAAAUGUGGUCUUGGUGCGCAUGAUAAUGCUGGGUUAUGCAAAGUCCAUCAGCCUCAUAGAAAGGGGAAACCCAUCCAGAAGCUUGGAGAAUGUAUGUCGCUGGGCUUGCCAACAACAAAAGUCUGAUCCCAACCACUCUGAACACCAUGACCAUGCAAUUUUCUUAACCAGGCAAGAUUUUGGACCUGCUGGAAUGCAAGGAUAUGCUCCAGUCACAGGCAUGUGUCAUCCAGUGAGAAGUUGUACCCUGAAUCAUGAGGAUGGUUUUUCAUCUGCUUUUGUAGUAGCCCAUGAGACUGGCCAUGUGCUGGGAAUGGAGCACGACGGACAAGGCAACAGGUGCGGGGAUGAGACUGCUAUGGGGAGUGUCAUGGCCCCCUUGGUGCAAGCUGCAUUUCAUCGUUACCACUGGUCCCGGUGCAGUGGCCAAGAACUGAAGAGAUACAUCCAUUCCUAUGACUGUCUCCUUGAUGACCCAUUUGAACAUGAUUGGCCCAAACUCCCCGAACUUCCUGGAAUCAAUUACUCUAUGGAUGAGCAAUGUCGUUUUGACUUUGGGGUUGGUUAUAAAAUGUGCACUGCGUUCCGAACAUUUGACCCAUGUAAACAGCUGUGGUGUAGCCAUCCUGAUAAUCCCUACUUUUGUAAGACAAAAAAGGGACCCCCACUUGAUGGGACUGAAUGUGCUGCUGGAAAAUGGUGCUAUAAGGGUCACUGCAUGUGGAAGAAUGCUAAUCAACAAAAACAAGAUGGCAAUUGGGGAUCAUGGACCAAAUUUGGCUCCUGUUCCCGGACGUGCGGAACUGGUGUCCGUUUCAGAACACGCCAGUGUAAUAAUCCCAUGCCCAUCAACGGUGGUCAGGAUUGUCCUGGUGUUAAUUUUGAGUACCAGCUUUGUAAUACAGAAGAAUGCCCAAAACACUUUGAGGACUUCAGAGCACAGCAGUGCCAACAGCGUAACUCCCACUUCGAAUACCAGAAUACCAAACACCACUGGCUACCAUACGAGCAUCCCGACUCCAAGAAAAGAUGCCACCUUUACUGCCAGUCCAGAGAGACUGGCGAUGUGGUGUACAUGAAACAGCUGGUGCACGAUGGAACUCACUGCUCUUACAAAGACCCUUACAGCAUAUGUGUGCGGGGAGAGUGUGUGAAAGUGGGCUGUGAUAAAGAAAUCGGUUCUACUAAAGUGGAGGAUAAGUGUGGCGUCUGUGGAGGAGAUAAUUCUCAUUGUCGAACAGUAAAGGGGACUUUUACCAGAACUCCCAGGAAGCUUGGGAAGACAAGAGGCGCCUUCAUUUUACCCAAAGGAGCUCGUAGUAUUUCUCUUGCUGAAACAAGGGAAGCUAAAAAUGUACUGGGGUACCUUAAGAUGUUUGAUAUACCCCCUGGUGCUAGACAUGUGUUAAUCCAAGAAGACGAGGCUUCCCCUCAUAUUCUUGCUAUUAAGAACCAAGCUACAGGCCACUAUAUUUUAAAUGGCAAAGGGGAGGAAGCCAAGUCGCGGACCUUCAUAGAUCUUGGUGUGGAAUGGGACUAUAGCAUUGAAGACGAUAUCGAAACUCUUCACACAGAUGGACCUUUGCAUGAUCCUGUUAUUGUUCUGAUCAUACCUCAGGAGAACGAUACCCAUUCCAGCCUGACCUAUAAGUACAUCAUUCAUGAAGAUUCUGCACCUACAAUCAGCAGCAAUAAUGUCAUCCAGGAAGAAUUAGAUACUUUUGAGUGGGCUUUGAAGAGCUGGUCUCAGUGUUCCAAACCCUGUGGCGGAGGUUUCCAGUACACUAAAUACGGAUGCCGUAGGAAGAGCGAUAAUAAAAUGGUUCACCGCAGCUUCUGUGAGGUCAACAAGAAGCCAAAACCUAUUAGAAGAAUGUGCAACAUUCAAGAGUGCACACAUCCGCUCUGGGUGGCGGAGGCCUGGGAGCACUGCACCAGGACCUGCGGGGGCUCCGGCUACCAGCUCCGCACCGUGCGCUGCCUUCAGCCACUCCUCGACGGCGCCAACCGCUCCGUGCACAGCAAGUACUGCCCAGGCGAGCGGCCGGACCACCGCCGGCCUUGCAACCGAGUGCCCUGCCCCUCCCAGUGGAAAACGGGGCCCUGGAGUGAGUGUUCCGUAACCUGUGGGGAGGGCACGGAGGCGAGGCAGGUCCUCUGCAGAGCGGGAGACCACUGCGCCGGGGAAAAGCCAGAAGCCGUCAGACCUUGUCAGCUGCCUGCCUGCGAUGAUGAGCCAUGUUUGGGAGACAAGUCUAUAUUCUGUCAAAUGGAGGUGCUCGCGCGGUACUGCUCCAUACCAGGUUAUAACAAGUUAUGUUGUGAGUCGUGUAGCAAGCGCAGUAGCACCCUGCCACCUCCAUACCUUCCAGAAGCUGCUGAAACUCAUCGUGAUGCUAUCUUUAACCCUAGCGACCUCCAUGGAUCUCUAGUGAUGCCUACAUCUUUGGUUCCUCACCAGUCAGAGCCCCCUGCUGAGAGGAAGAAAUCUUUGGGUAGGAUCUCUUCAGUGGGAGGCCCAGAUGUAUUCACUGCUUCCAGACCAAACAGUAAACCUGAUGGUGCUAACUUCCCCCAGAGGAGAGCUCUGCAAGCAGGAAGUAAGACUCUGAGACUGGUCUCCCCAGCCACCAAGAGCGGCCCCCUCAACUCAUCUUCAGACCCGGCUGCUGCCCGCCUCCUGGCGGUCAGUGAUUCAAUAGGUGCUUCUUCUCAGGCAAGAACCUCAAAGAAAGAUGAAAGAAUUCUUGACGAGAGACAUCCAAUAAGAUCAUCCACUUUGGAAAGAUGAGAAAAUGAACCUCAAAGGUUAGAAGUCAGAGGAAAACCUGGACAAGCUCCCUCUCCCCAUGGUGCAUACAGCUUGUUUAAAGUGUAAAUCCCCAUAAACUGUCAACUCAUUUUGUCUGUACGUGUAAGAACAAAAAGUGCUGGUUCACUUUCUCGUUGCUUUCAUCCUCCUUUUGUUCUGCAUCGACUCGUUUACCAGAAUUCAUCGAAAGGAAGCACCAAAGAUUGUUAAUAGGAGGAAAAUAAGUUGCCAAGCCUGUUGGUCACUCUCUAGUGCAGCAAAGGGACUGGAACCAAUUAUGUAUAUCAGCUGAUUUCUUAUUUUUCAAAAGUUAAUAAGAAUAAAUAAGAAAAGCGGUGCCGACAGUUUACACUUUAACAAAAUAUUUUGGAAAUGGAGCAAAAAAUUCUUAGACUUGUAUUCCUAUUUAUCUAUAUUAGAAGUAUUGUAUGAGCGAAUUUGCAGCUGUUGUGUAAAUAUUGUAUAUUGCAGAAAUCAGUAUUAUUUUAAGAGAUGUGUUCUCACAUGGUUGUUUACUAUAUUACAUUUCUGGAUGUUCUAGGUGCCUGUUGUCGAGUGUUGCCUUAUUUGAUAUUCUGUGGGUUGAUUUUCAAAGCAGAAUAUAAUGAAUAAGAAGUUAGACCUAUAGCUACUGACAAUGCAAAGGGCUUUGUUGUGUGGUUUUGUUUAAUCAACAACGGGAUACCUAAAUUACAGAAAAAGAAAAAUCACACGUGCUGCAAAGAUACAGAUUUCAGCUUACCUAUUACCUUCCGAGUUUUAAAUAAAAAGCAAUAGGAUUGAUGUUGUAGUAUACUCAUGGUUCCAGAAACAGAGACUAGUAAGUUAGCCUGUGUAAAACAAAAUUAAAACCCUCUUAGUACCAGAACCUCAGUAGGCACCAAUGAAGUGGCCUAUGUUCUUGUGUUGAUUUUUCUUUUCCCUUUGUUGACAUAUUCAGAUGGUUAUACUCAAUGUACUGUAAUAAUAACAAAAGAAAAUGUUCUGAGAUAAUUUGCUUGUAUGUUGGUAGCUGAGAAAAGCAUCAUUGAAUUAGAAUCGACACCCAGGUAUAGUAGUAGUCCUUUGGGGCUUUGGAAGAAGAUGCAAGAAAGUAUUUGUCAAUGGUUGCAAUAUUUAUUUUCUGCAUGGUUCAUACUCAAAUGUUCACAACUACAAUGCAUCUGACUGCAAUAGUGUGCUAGUAAUUUAUGUCAGUGGUCACCUUGCUCACAGUGAAGGCAGAAAUGCUCUCUCCAGGGAGUAGAUGUAAAGUACUUGUAUAUAGAAUUCAGAACUGAAGAUAUUUAUUAAAAGUUGAUUUUUUUCUUGAUAGUAUUUUUAUGUACUAAAUAUUUACGCUAAUAUCAAAAUGACAUAUUUUGGUAAACUAGAGAGACAUAAUUAGAAAUGCACAUUUUUGUGUGUGGCGGAGAAAUUUAAACAACAGCCAAAUCAAAGAACUGAAAUUAAACAAAUUUGAUGUCAUGCCAACUUUUUGCCUUUUUAAAGUAAUUGAUACAAAGUUAACGAUUCGUUCCCUUGUGAUGAAACAUAAAACAGUAUAGACUCAGAUAGCUGUUUAAUGAAAUAGUGAAUUAGAAACAUUUUUUUUAAGUUUAUGCAAGAGAUAAAUACUUAAGAGAAAAAAAAAGUGUUGUGAGCAUAAUGUUUUUGAGGUCAGUUCCUGAACUGUCUAAAACUUAUAUUAUGCAAACAAUAGAGAUGCUAACCUCUCCAAGCACAGAAUGUGCAAGGACUUUUGCCUUUUAACCAUGGUAAACUCACAGCUUCACCUAUUGACUCUAUACCUCUAAAGAAUCGCUGCUACAUUGUGCAAGACUUUUAAAGUUUAAAUGAAUUAGCUGAAUUCCAGAUAGUAAAACAAUCUCUGAGCCUCAAGUAGAAGUCAUUUUUUUUUUCCUCAAAGUUACCCCAGUAUGAAACUCUCUAGUUUCCUUGCAUAUGUAUGCAUCUGGUCUACAGGAGAAUGCAGAGAAAGAUGAUCACACACAUACACCUCCCAUAACGAUGUACAUAUUUGUCACACUUCUGAUCUUUGAGCUUCCUUUUCUACUAAGCUAAAAAUUACGUUUUAUCAAAGUGUACACUACUGAUGCUGUUUGUUGUAUUGGGAACACGUAGCAAUAAAAAUGUCAACAAAAUAUAGACCUGGCUCUAUCUAGAUUUUAUCAUU